AUGAAGCUCUUGUCUAUCCUUUCUACUCGUCCAGGCACGUUUGCUUUAACAGGUUACUUUAGUGAAUUCAAAAAUCUCCCGUUUGCUGACCGAGAAAAGAUUAUCUUGGGUUGGAAGAACUCAUAUGUACCAAGUUUAAGAACGAUCUAUAAAAGUUUUCAUGCCCUGGCCUGUCUUCCUGCAUACAAGGGCCAUAUUCAAGCUUUUACAGAUGCAAUGCAUUAUGACAUUAAAAACGAUACCGUAUAUGACGAUUUACCCGAGAGAUUACCCAUGAUGUCCUUUGAUGAAGUAAAGGAUAACAUGCACUUUGACGUUAUCAUCGUUGGAAGCGGCGCAGGAGGAGGCGUGGUCGCAAGUCAAUUAGCACAGGCUGGGAAAUCAGUGCUAGUGAUUGAAAAGGGAAAAUACUAUCAUGAAAAUGAUUUUAUUCAUACUGAACAAGAUGGUUUUGAGAAUCUAUAUGAACAUGGUGGAUUUGCUCCUUCAUUGGACGGGUCUAUUUCUAUUGCAUCAGGCAGCGUCUUUGGUGGAGGAACCACAGUCAAUUGGUGUGCAUCUCUUAAAUUGCAGCAUUUUGUUCGUGAAGAGUGGGCAAAGCAAGGACUGUCUUACUUUACUUCACCCAAGUUUACAAAAGAUGUCGAUAGAGUAUUUGAGCGUAUUGGUGCAACCACAGAAGGUGUGAGGCACAACGGCUCAAAUCAAGUUCUAAUCGAUGGUUGCCGAGCUUUAGGAUACCCAGUAUCAGAUAUUCCGCAAAACACAAGCGGACGACCCCACGAGUGCAACUCGUGUUAUGCUGGCUGCAGAGCCGGUAUCAAGAAUGGUACGAUGAACACAUGGCUUCGAGACGCUUAUCAACAUAAGGCUCGCUUUUUGGAAAAGACCAAGGUGAAUAAGGUCCUGAUUAAGCACGGCAAGGCUGUAGGCGUAGAGUGCCUCGUUAAUUAUGACAAAAAAGUUCGUAUUAGAGCGAGUCAGGUCGUCAUUGCUGGUGGUUCUUUGCAGUCACCUGGUAUUUUGAUCCGCAGCGGUUUAAAGAAUAAGAAUAUUGGUCAGAACUUGCGUCUGCAUCCAUGCACUAUUGUCGUCGGUUUCUUUGAUCGCAAGAUCCGAACGUUUGAAGGCUCAAUCAUGACAGCUGUCAGUGGUGUUGCAGAAAAUUUGGAAAAUGACGGAUAUGGAUGCAAGCUGGAGGUGCCUUGUCUUCAACCCGGUGCUUAUUCAACCAUUCUUCCUUGGCGCGGUGCUGCUGAGCAUAAGGAAAUCAUGAUGCGCUAUGAACACUGUGCUCCUAUUCUUAUCUUGUCUCGUGAUAAGGACUCUAAGGGAUCUGUGACUUAUGAUAAGGAUGAUAACCCCAUUGUGAACUUUACUGUGUCAAAUAGAGACCGUCGAUCUCUUCUUGAAGGAAUACUUCGUUCAUUGGACAUUUUGGUUGCUGCUGGUGCUCGCGAAGUCCACACUGGACAGUUUGGUGUCGAUGGAUUCAAGUUUAAGGAAGAGGAAGAAACAAGGAUAGAUAACCCGAGAUACGUUGCUUGGAAAAAUGGUGUAAGCAGCUAUGGUCUUCCUCGUGAUGGAUUCAACAUGUUUUGUGCACAUCAAAUGGGAACAAACCGAAUGGGUAUCUCGCCAAAGGCAUCCGUUGUUAAGCCUACAGGAGAGACAUGGGAAGUCAAAAACCUCUAUGUUGCUGAUGCCUCUGUUUUCCCUACCGCUACUGGUGUAAACCCAAUGGUGACAGUCGAGACGGUUGCACUGCAUAUUGCUGAUUGUAUCAACAGCAAUGCUCAAUCAAAGCUUUAA